UAGGGUUUACUCCUUUUCCUAGAGGCCAAGCUUCAAAGAGGAAGAAGACAGGUGACAACAUGCCUCUAGGAGUAAGGGCUAGCCAAAGAGUCAGGGCAUCUGAAGGUUCAGAGGUGCAACCUCCUCAAUCACAAACAAGAAUAUCAAAAGGCUUCAUUUCUAGCAACACAAGGGCACAAUGAAGAAGAAAUAGCACAAAGGUCUUCCACAGCUGCAGAAGAAGGCAAUGCAGCUAGUGUUCAGGACACUACACCUGCAGAGGAAGAAAGUGGAGGUGCUGCUCAAGGCAAUACAAGUCAUGAUGAACACCAUUGAGAGGAAGACACUGAAGACAAGUUAUAGUUUAUUUGCCAUUCCAACAAGUCAUCUCUUUGGCUAAUUUGCAUGAAAUAAAUUCAAAAUCUAUUUUGUAGCUCCUACACAGCGAGCCCCAAGGGAACGCAGGCCACCAACCAAGGGAUCACGGCUGGACAGGAUGACAAAAGCUAUGGGUAGGAGACUGCCCAUAGCUAUUGCUCAAGGCAAAAGAAGGCUAGAUGAACCUGUUCAGGCAACCAAGUUUGCGUCUGAGUCUGGUGUCAUCAUUCGAAAUAAGGGGCGCUUGGCCAUUAACGAUAAGGACAAGCCAACUGAGGAAACUUGCACCGAUGUGCUGUGCUCUGGGGUCCGACAAAUGAGGUAUCGGCUGAAGAAGAAAUACUUCAAUGAUGUACUUGCAAAUGAGAUUCCCACAACUUCUCUAGUUUCAAGUAUGUCUGAUCAAGAGUGGCAGGCAUUGGUCGCAAAGUGGACUAAUCCAAAGAACAUGGAAACAAGUGAAAAGAACAAGAAUAAUCACAGUAGAGUCAAGUAUCAUGAGACUACCGGUUCUCGUAGCUAUGUGGCGCACUUGCAUACAUAUAAGCAGAACAGGAACAAUGCGGAACCCAACAUAGACAAUGAAGAACUUGAUGUGGUGGAGGCCUUCAAGACCUGCCAUACUAGCUCCAAGCAUGGUCUUAGUGAACCAGCAAGAGAGGCAGUUAUAAGUCCCAACAUCUCUUUUGCUAUGUUGUUUUGUGCAUCCAUUGGAUAACAUGUCCAGUUCCAAUAACAAAUUGUAGUGAUGGAUUUUAGUAACUUAUAUACAAACCAACAAUAUUGUUCGUUGUUCUGGGUCUGCCCCUGCACCCAUGUCUUAUACUUGAUA